CCGAGUAACAUCUGUGAUCUGUGGUCUUUAUUUAUGGUCCAGCUGUGGGUCCAGCUGAUUGCCAAAAUAGAUUGAGUUGAAGUAUUUGUUUUGAUUCACGAAUGGUCCGAGAAUAAAAUUCUCCCAAGUGCUUUUUCGAUUGAAUAUGAUGUGAAUGUAGUGCAUUAAAACGUAGUUAAUACAUUCAAAGGUGCAAUGUCUCAAGCAAGCUAUUCGAUUCUUCAUCUACCAGAAGUGGCAUUGGACAAGGUGUUUUCGUUCCUGUCUUUUGAUGAAAUCGCCAAGAACAGAAUCGUCUGUAAAAAAUUCAACGGAAUCGGAAGCAAACUUCUUUCCAGGGGAUUCAUCCAAUUAGAGCGGCGUCAUGCGGCUAUUUACAGGCGAGUUAAAACGUCCUUACCCAGGCGAGAGUCUGAGCGAAAAACGCACCCAUUGGCUCGACACAAUGAAAUCCUGCAGGGUGUUGAAACCAGAUUAAGCAUGCUCAACAUGACUUACUUGCGAUACAUUGAACAUCAAAUCAUGUGUUUUAUACCAGGAAAAGUUUUGGAUGAAAUAAAGUGUAUUCUUAAUGUGGUAGAAACAAGUCAAUCGCCGCCAAGACCUCUGCAACUUUUACAAGAAUUGAGGGAUUUGAGCAGCAUGGCGAUUGAGCACUUUGACGAGCAUAUUUUGCCUAGAUGUAGAGAGAAAUUGGAACAGCAAUCAGGUUCACCGGAAAAUAUACUAAGAGAACUGGAGGUUGUUGCCGGUUCACUUACACCUUUCACGAAAUUACAAGGAUUUCCAUACCAACAUUUGACAUCCAAGUUGAAACCAUCCACAAAAUUGCUGGUUGAACAGCAGUUGCCCAACGGUUUAACUGCCGAGCUGCACAAAAUGAAAAAAAUUGCCAAAACCCACAAGCAUCACAUUUCCUACCUGACCCAAAACACUCAAAAACUUGGCCUGAAGCUUCGAAAACAGAACAAUAAAUUGCGAAUCCAGGCGGGCAAACUUCGCGAACAAGAACGCAAGCUUCAAGAGCAAACCGCAAAAAUAAUGGGACAGGAAGAAGCAUUAAACGAAGUGAAGAAACACAUGGAGGAAUGGGAGCACAAAUAUAAAGAUCUGACAGCUGAAUUAGUGCGAGCGCGUGAUGAAAUAUUGCUAAAAACUUCAAAUAACAGCAACAGUUCACAGAAUUUGACUGACCCAAGUGUUAGUCACAACCAGUACAAAUCUAACAUUAAACCGAGAGUGGCUCACAUUCUUCCAAAGCAUUAUUUGGGCAUCGACUUGGAAAGAAAGCGCAAAUCGUCGAUUAAUCUGGAGAUUCCAUUAAAGCGAAGUCGAAGUCCCACCGUUCCUAGUUCAUCUACUCAGAAAGUCGGAACAAGGAUUAAAGACUUGUGCCUCGAUAUACCGGAUCUAGUAAAAUUCGAAACAAAUAAGCCGAAUAAAGCUAAUAAUGCGGAAGCCGAUGCAGAUAAUGAUGAAGCCAAUACUCGCAAUAAAACUUUCAUUUCAUCGUUUUUCAACAACCUGCUAACUAACUCGCCAAUACCCAAUAUGCCUCGAAAGAGGAAAAUGACCGAGACUGUUUCGCAUGGCGAUGAAAAAUUAAGCAAGGACAAGUAAUUUUUAAAUGCAAGUAGUUAAUCACUUCUUACUUGGUAUAAGGUUUCACCGAUUACGGUGACAAUUCAACUAACAUAACUGUUCCAUAUAAACGUUGAGCGGAUUUGAAUUAUUAAAGUAUUUUUUGAAACGUUUCGAACGUGUGUUCAAAAUUUUGCAUGAUAUUUUUGCUUUGUUAUCGAGAAAUGGAGGGAUUGUCUAUUGGGCAUCGUGCAAUCGCAACAUUACGUGUAUAUCUGUGAACGGAAAAGAUAGAUACAUAUUUUGUAACUUAUACUACUUUUGCCUUUUGAGAAUCACCCCCAAGUUAAUCACGAAUGCCUAGAAAAACCGUGUAAUAGACGCACGGUCAUUUAACUUUUUUAUUUAGAUUCACAUGCUAUCUUGAUGCACCCGAUGAGACAUUUCGUUUAAAUGUUCGGGCGCAUCUUAGUAGGAAUUUAAUUUUAUUAACAUCUCUAAUUAUAAGUUGUGUUACAUAAAAUAUUUAUGACAUGAAGUGCUGAUUUGUUUUAGUGUAAAGAUGCGACGUAAAAUAACUACUAGUGAAACCCAUUUUCCCCAAAUUUUAAUUUAGCUCUGGAAACAAAUUGUAUUUCACAUUCUUUUUUUAUUGACAAAUAUAUUACGUCUCAUAGAAUAGCGUUUAGUUUACCUAAGUAAGUACAUUCUUAAUAAAUUAAAUAGAGUAGAUAUUUAUGUUGUGAUGUAUAAGUAAUAAACAAUAAUUUUUCUUAA